AUGUCCACUCCCCAAGAUCUCUUCCACCUCCAACAUCGCCACGGCGAACUUCACCUGCUCCAAACUGCUGGGGAGGCCCUCCUGUGGACUCCAGUGGAGAUGCUGCCCCAUACCCACGCGCAACAAUAUGAGAAGCCGCCGCAAAAAAAGCGCAGACGGCGGACUACAUCCGUCCCUGGUGCACGCGCAUGCCCGCAUUGCGGCAGAACCUUCAAGCGCACCGAGCAUCUCGAACGUCAUAUUCGCACUCACACCAAAGAGAAGCCUUUCAUCUGCCAUUGCGGAGCUGCGUUUACGCGUCGGGAUCUCCUAACCCGCCAUCAAAGAAUCACAUCUCACGAGGACACACACCCCGAUGAUAACCCAACUCCUCCAGCGUCCUGUUCUGUUCCAUUGGUAGACCGCCAAGCUACCAACAACGCCGCCGUCACUACAACUGUGACAGCCGUGAAGCCUACGCAAUGGUCAAACCCAACCCAUCAACAACGGGCUCAAACUCCAACGGGGAUGUAUUCACUUGGUCAUGGCCACAGCAUGGUAGCACAAUCAUUUCAGCAGAACAUUCUCCCGCCACAUUUCUUUGACAGCAGUGCGAUAGAUGGUGUAAGUACGGGGUUCGAUGCCCAGUUCCGUGAGUUCGCAAAUUUCCUGGACGGAGUAGGGCUUCCAGCGGAAUGGAGCCCCUACUUCCAAGCUCCGGAGAAAGGAGAUGCCUUGGAUCCUGCCUUGCGCAACAGAGAUGAUGCAAAUUACACACAGAACCAGAGACCUGGUACACCGUUCAAUGCUUGGCUUCCCUCAGCCCCUGCAAAGGAUCGAAUGCACUGCGACCUCACAGAAUACAGCCCCUGUUCCCAUGAAGGUGAUUCUCAACCCUUCAGGGUCACUGACGACCAGCGUUCCCGCCUCAUUGCUGCGACAGAGGCUUUCCGCGGUGUUCUCGACCCUACUUUCAAGAUCCCAUCACGCCAUGCAUUGACGCGAUAUGUGACCUCCUUCUUUGAGGGGUUUCAUUCCCAUAUGCCUUUCAUCCAUGUUGCAACAUGGCGGCUAUCGGACCAUGCUUUGGAACUGAUCCUCGGGAUUGCGGCUUUGGGCAGUCAGUACUGCUUCGAACGUCGCAAUUCUGAGUCGCUAUUCCAUGCUGGUCAAGCAAUCCUCAUAGAGAGGAUACGGCGCGAGGCUGGCAAAUUUGGUGCCAACAGCCGCUCCUACCUGGGUCUCCAUGACCCCUCGCCAUUCAAAGGCGCCACGCGACCCGAGCACGUCGCACGAGACCCUAUCAAUGAGUGGACAACCUGGGAACCCAUUGAGACGGUACGCGCUCUCGUUCUUCUCAUGGGCUAUGGUACUUGGGAACCCAAGGUCGCCCUUCUCCAAGAGGCAUUCACCUUGCAAGGGCUCCUUGCUCAGGUUCUUCGUGAUCUCGGCCUCAACGAGGAAACCCAUUCGUCUUUGACAGACGGCACCAACGGAUCCCAAGCAGUUUGGGAGGCUUGGGUACGGCAGGAAUCCGUUCGACGCACCAAGCUGAUCGCGUUCUCUUUUCUUCACAUACAUAGCAUUGCCUACAACGUGUAUCCUGUUCUGCGGAGCAACGAAAUCAACCUCAGGCUGCCAUGCUCGACCAAGGAAUGGAAGGCGCCCAAUGCCACACAGUGGCAGGCUGCUCACAGCGAGAUAUCUAAGCAGCAGCUGUUCUUCCAGCAUGCGUUGUCCCUGCUGCUGAAGAAGGCCGACGACGGCAUGGGGAUUUUGGAUCCGAUUCCAACACCACUCGGAAAUUACGUGCUCCUUCACGGUCUUCUGCAGCGCAUAUAUAUUGUCAGAGACUUGUCUCUUCCCGUCAUGGAUCACUCGGCUCAGCUGCCGGCGGAAGAAGUCGAUAAGCUUGAGAGUGGACUCCGUUCGUGGACGUCCGGUUGGCAGCAGGCUCCAGAGUCAACGCUGGAUCCCAACAAUGAGAACGGACCUAUACCGUUCACCUCUAGCUCCCUGCUCGGAUUGGCAUACGUUCGAAUUCACCUACACCUAGGGCCAUACCGCCUACUCGAGACUCGUGAUCCCAGGCGCAUCGCGCGGGCCCUUGCUCAGUCCCAGGCCGUGGAGCGUAGUGAUGGAGUUGUUACGGCUCUGUUGUAUUCUACACAUAUGCUAAGCAUCCCAGUCCGCCUCGGCGUAGAUCGUGUCGCACGCAGUCAGGCCUUUUUUUGGAGUGUCAGGCAUUCGCUCUCAGGCUUAGAAUGUGCAGUCCUACUGAGCAAGUGGUUGUUCUCGUUGACCGAGACACUAACCGCGACCCCUUUGACAGACAGCGAGGAUCGCAUUCUUCAUUGGGUUUGGUGCAUCGUCGACGAAGCAUGCAUGUCAGUCGACUUUGUGGCUGAGGAGUACAACGGGGCCAUCGAACGAGAACCACGCAGCCUGGGACUGGCCGUCCUCAUGAUAUGGGCGCACUUUUUCAAAAGCAACACUCAAUGGCCUUUUAUAAAUGUAAUGGGUCAGGCUCUUCAGGAGUAUCGUAAGCUCGUAUCAGGAUGAUAAGGUGAUUACCACGCGGUAAGCGCAAAGGCAACCAAAUUCAUACACUUCGUGCCUACCUUGAUAUCCUAACUACAAGUCUGCCUCGGAAAUCAGCAUCUUUGUAUGCAUCGACGAUGCCUGGAAUAUCGUCAAAAGAUGCCAUAGCUAAAUGAGACUCGAUGCCGUGUUGGCUAACGACCUCCAUCAUUCUUUCCGUGGCGACUGUGCUUGCGACAUACGUCCCUCUCAGCGCCAACUGCUUGAAGACAAUCAAGUCAGCCUCAAACCUCCACUGCUCGGCGGGAAGGCCCAGAAUCCCCAGGGAGCCACCAAUGCGAAGUAUUUUGAGGGCCCAGGCAUUAGCGAUCAAUGAGUCUGUACAGACAAUAGCUGCCGCAACACCCUGGCCUUCUGUGAACUCAAAGAUCCGCCUGUUGGCGUCGGGACUACCCGAGUCUAUUACAAGGUCAGGACGCAAAGAUGGGUUCGAUGUUUCGUUGGCCAAUCGCCUCCCCGCUGGGCGGCUGUCUAUAGCAAUAGUUCGGAAACCGAGGCCCUUGGCGAACUGGAUACCUAAAUGCCCAAGGCCACCGAUGCCUACGAUAGCCACAACAUUGCCUUGUUCCAGGCCUUGGGUUGCUCUUUCGAGCGAGCCCCAGACAGUGGCACCCGCGCACAUUAGUGGUGCCGCCUGCUCGAAAGAAAGACUGUCGGGGAGUAACACGGUUGUUUCUGGGUCGGCGACCAUGUAUUCCGCAAACGCUCCGUCGUUUUGGAAUCCUGCAGUCUCUC